CUAGGGGCCUUAUACAAAAAUGCAAGUAAAAUAAAAAGCUUUUGAAGCAAGUUUCAAAUCACAUCGUUAGCCAUAGCCGCUUGGCGCUGUCGUCUUCGUCUUCCUCUUCCUCUUCUCUCUCUUUUUUUCUUUCUUUUUCACAAUUUUUUCUCCUUUCUUAGUGGAGAAUUCGCUGGAAGUAUAAAAUCGAUUCCUCGAUGGAGGGUUUCAUUAAUUGAAUUUCGGAACAACUUGACUCUGAAGAUACCUCGUUUUUUAACUGAGUGAUUUCUUGAGAUAGAGGUAAUCAUUUGCUUGAUCCGCGAAUCAAUAAAUUUUCCAAAAUCCGGAUUUCAAAGUAGCUUUUCUGGGUUUUGAUCUCAAGAUUCAAUUUGGGUUUUCAAUCAAUUUGGUAGUUUUUCUGUUUACUGUAACUGAGAGUUUGAAACUUUGCCUGAUUUUUGAUGGGUUUUAGAUUUGUUGCCUGUGGUUACUAUAGUUUCUUGUUUUGUAAGCUAAGUGAGGUUAGAUUUUUCGUUUUUAAGGUCAAAAUUCGCGUGGAUUCUGGUUCGUUAUUGUCUUCAGGGUGGUUCGUUUCAGGAGACAUGGGUGGUGAUGGAGAUGAGCUAAGACGUUCGUCUUCUUCGAGUGCUAGUGCAAAUGCAGAAGCAAGAAUGAAGUUUGCUUCGGUGGAUGCUUUAUCAGAGUUAGUCUGGUCUCCUCGCAACGGUCUAAGCCUAAGAUGUGCAGAUUUCAGUUUAACGGGAAAGGGAAAUUUGCUCUCUCCUAAUUUCUUUGAGGAUAUAGGACAAACCAACAUGGAGUCUCAUUCGAGAAUCGGAGAAGAAGCAGAAGAGGAAGAAGAAGAAGCCGGUUUGAGAAGUAGAACUGAUGAUGAAGUGAACAGAGCAUUGUCAGGGAUUGGUGAUUCUGUUGAGGAUGUGAAACUUGAGAGAGAAGAGAUGGUUGAGGAAAAAGUUGAAACCAAUGAUGAUGUACAUAGUGAAGAAGAAGCAGAGAGAAGAGUAGCAAGUUGCAAAAGAUCUUUAGAGGAAGCAACGGAUGAGAACGAAUUGGAAACUCUUGCUGUUGUAGCUAGUAAGGCUCUGGUGGAACGUGAGAGCAAAAGGGAAGACGAGACAGAUGUCGAAAAGUCUGGACCGAGCUGUUCAUAUAGGCGUCUAGCGAAAGGAAAAGGGAAAGAAAAAGCUUUAUCUGAUGGUAACUUUAACGGUCAUGAUGAUGAUGAUGAGAGUUUUGGGAGUGUUGAGAGUUGCAACAGUGCUGGUUUGCUCUUAAGGGGAAAGAAAAGAGCAGGUUUUGAGCUAGAACUGAUUCUUGGAAGCAAACGGCUAAAAACGCUAAAUCAAGAAUGUUUGGGUUCAACUUCAAAGCUCAAGCAAGACAGUUCGUUUAUGAAUUGGAUAUCAAAUAUGACAAAAGGAAUCUGGAAAGGUAACGAAGAUGAAGAUUCUCCUUUUGUAGCGCUUACCACAACCUCAGACGCUAAAGUGAUCGUUGAUCAACAAGGAACGUCUCCGAAGGAAAACACCGGUUUCCAGUCUUUUUUCCAGUCUAUAUAUUGUCCGAAGAAACGAAGUCAAGAUGCUUAUUUGAAGGAACUUCCCUGGAUUCCUGACCAAUGUCUCAUUACCAAAGGAGAUCACUUGUCUUCUUCAUCUGGCAAUGAGAUUGGUCCAGUGGCUGAAAAAGUUGGAUUUAACCAGACAAGUGAAACAUUCUCUGCAGAGAAGAAACAAGAAGAGAAAGAGCCAAACGUGGCUUUGUUGUCUCUUAGUAAGUCUAAGAUGAAUGAAGAGCAAAAGACUCUUUGUGGUGAAGCUGAUGAAAAAGUUACUCAAUCUUUAACCAACAAGAACUCUGGUCUUGAGAGUUUGUGGAUAAGCCGGUUUUCUUCUAAGAGUAGUUUGCCUCAGAAAAAAGAUCUUCAUGAGAGAAUCACCAAUGAAGUGGCUAAAGAGAACAAUGAUUCAUCCCCAGACGCGGUUAAAACGCAGAACGCCAUUCUUCCCAUAGUUUCUUCUAUGAGAAUAGAGUCUUCGGAAGCAAUGGCUUCUUUGUUUGCAAGACGAUUGGAAGCAAUGAAACACAUCAUGCCUUCAUGUUCUUUAGCUGAGAACACAGAGGAGGGACUAAACUGUUUCUACUGCGGCAAAAAGGGUCAUUGUUUACAGGAUUGUUUGGAAGUAACAGACACCGAGCUCAGAGAUCUAGUACAGAACAUAAGUGCUCGGAACGGUAGAAGAGAAGAAGCUUCAAGUCUAUGCAUUAGAUGUUUUCAGCUAACUCACUGGGCUGCAACAUGCCCGAGUGCUCCACUGUACAGUACUUCAGGAGCUGAAGAUAGAGCGAUAAAGCACGUUUUAGCUUCUACCUCUGGCACGAAGCUGCCUUUAAGUGGUUUCACAGACGCACCAAAGACCGUCUUUAAUGCUGUUCAAAUGCUUCGCUUGACCCGCACAGACGUUCUCAAAUGGAUAAACACCAAGAAGUCUGUAUCGGGUCUCGAAGGGUUCUUCUUGCGGUUAAGGCUCGGGAAAUGGGAAGGACUUGGAGGAACCGGGUACCACGUAGCCCGCAUAGAAGGUGCCACAGAGGGACAAAGCUCAAGUAAACAUUCAAUGAACAGCACAAUUUCGGUUAAGGUUGGAGGGAUGACUUGCUUUGUUGAGUCUCAGUUUAUCUCAAACCACGACUUUCUUGAGGAAGAGUUGACAUCAUGGUGGCGGAGCGCCGGAAAAAAUGCCGGAAGAAGUGGCGGUGACGGUAUCCCGUUGGCAGAGGAGCUUAGUCGGAAAAUUCAGCAGAGAAAGAUGUUAGGCUUUUAGGAUAUUUGUUAAAAACAGAUAAUACUUGUUUUGUGGCAACUUGUGUGUAUUUUAUUUAUUCAAAUGGGUUUUACAUCGGUUGGUUGAGGAAUGAGUAGGGG